GUACUUACUACUAGAUUAUUUAUAGUUAUACUCAAACAUGACGAGACAUCAACGGAAUGCGACUGCUGGAGCAGUCUAUACUUACCAUGAGCGAAAAAAGGAUACAGAGCAAAGCGGGUACGGGUCGGACAAAGCACGUCUCGGAAAAGACUCUGUGAAGGAUUUUGAUGCUUGUAAUCUUACAUUACAGCCGUGUAAAGAGCCUGUUGUGACACCGGAGGGUGUUCUUUAUGAUAAACAGGCUAUUUUGGAAUAUAUUUUGCAACAAAAAACGCUGAUUGCAAAAAAGAUGAAAGCGUAUGAAAAUCAGAAACAUGAGGAUAAAAAAGAAUUAAAAGAACUCGCUGAAAUUGAAAAGAAGGAAAAAGUUGCGAAGUUUUUAAAAAAGGAGACGAAUAUUGUGAGCGAACCGAUUAAUCCUUUCCGAAAAGAUGGCGCCGAUAAACCAGGAACAAGUAAAUCGAACGGGCAGUCUGAAUUGAGCAACCUUUACGGAGAUAAAAAAAAGGAAUUGACAAGUUUUUGGAUUCCACAGCUAACGCCAGCGGCAAGCAAAAGUCGUUUUAAAAAACCGAGUUCGAAGGUUUAUUGCCCGAUUAAUAACACUUCGAUAAAAAUGAAAGAUUUGAUUCCAGUGAAAUUUACACCAAUUGCAGACCGUGACACGAAAACUGCGCUAAUUAGUAAAAAGGACCGUUGGAUGUGUGCAGUCACCCAUGACACUUUAGGGAACUCUGUACCAUCGGUUGUUUUGCGUCCAACAGGCGAUGUCGUUACUGCAGAUUGUGUUGAAAAAUUAAUAAAACCCAACGAAAUGAGACACCCUAUAACCAAUGAAAUUUUAGAUGAAAAACGAGAUAUUAUUCCGUUACAACGUGGCGGGACUGGUUUUUCUCAGACGAACGAAUCUCUGGACGUUAAGAAAUACAGACCUUCCAUGCAUGUUUAGUUUGAGUGAAAAUUUCUAAAAAAAAAUCUCUCUCUGAAAGCUCCAACGAAAAUUUCCUCCAUUGAAUAUUUGGUAGCCUACUGCUGUAGUGGUGUGUACCAGGUUGGGGUUAUCCCACAAUUUUUUUCCGAUUUUCUUUAUUUUAAUUCUGUUAUGAGUUCGGAGGCUGUCUGUGUCAGCCAAGUGAAUAUACCACAUAGGUUUCAGUUCCUUUACCCAACUUGAUGUAAAGUAGGCGAACAAAAUUAGUUCCCUCCAUAUUAUUGGUACACGCAUUUCUGGAGAGCCAAAUAUUCUACCAAGACAGUAUAAAUCCCAAUCUUAAUCACUAUUUCGGAAACUUUUUGGCGUUUCCACUGCGACUUAAAACACAUGUUUUAGUCGAGUAUACUCUGGAAAUUACUCUAAAUCUGACAAACUACGGCUGCUGGGUGAUUCUGUCUGGCCCACCUGAUGCUGCCACAACCAAACUAAAACCAAAUUUUGAUGUUUUAGCAAAAAAAAAAAAGCUCACAGGAUUUGUUGAGAUUGUGAUUAAAUUUAGUUUGGGCAUGAGGCUUAUGGUUUUCCAUGUUUGCUUUUGUGAUACUGUAGAUAUUGUUCAUAAAAUGUAAUUUUUUACGUUUCACUCACAUGGCCCUCCAGUUUAGGUGGGCAAGUUUUGGCUUUUGUUCCCCCCUGGGAAUUUCGGCUACAACUCCUGACUGCAACGAAACCUUUGAAUAUCCGUUGUGAAGGAUUUUUUAGUCGAUGUUGUAAAUCCGAAUUCGAUUAUUACCAUUGUAAGUCUGUAUUUUUGACAUAUGUCGUUACAGCACACUAUCCAAAUUCCAAGAAUUUCCCCCUCAUUUGGCUCAAUGAAACAAACACUCUAAGUGUCUCACAAACGAGGGGCGUCUGGGACCAAGUUAGAUGCUUCAUAUCGUGCCAUGCUCGUCUCAAUAAAAAUCUAAAUUAAUCGUGGGCGUCACAUGACCAAAAUUGCCGUUUUUUGCUAAAAACUCUCGAAUGCUACGGUCAAAUUUUUUUUCCUUUGGUAAAUCGGAUUAUUUUUUUCCAAGGAAUU